GUAUUUGUCAAGCCAAGAGAAGAAAGAGAAUCGCAAUGCACAGGCCUCAAAGAGAUAGCUUUGUUAUACAAAUAAGAGCAACUGCUGAACUCCUUAAUCAUCAUCAGCCUGCCGCUGCUAGCGUCUCUUCUUCCAAGUUAAACUUCUCUGCAAUGAAGCUUUUCAAUCGCUUUCGCAAAAUUCUCAUGCGACUCUUGUUUUCUUUCCCUUCUCAUCAUGGCACUUCUGGGACAUCGUCCAAGCAAAAAAACUGUGAAAGAUUUGAUCCUCCAAAGACUUCAUGCAGCUCUUAUUACUCUUCACAAACCCACUACAGUGAGGCUAUCGCAGAUUGCAUUGAGUUCUUGAACAAGUCUUCUCAGGAAGGGAUUUUAGAUGGUAGAAAAUCUGAUGUCUUGGUUUGAUGCUUAUUGCUUAAUCUGUCGCAAUUGGUUUCAUUUAUUAUUUGCGAUGCUUUGAUUUUAGUCUUUGAAUCUUUGAAGCAAAUACAAAUCAUGAUAUGGAUAUAAAAAGGAUUUCACUGUUCGGUUUUCUUCUCUCCCUCUUAUCCUGUUGUUGCCGAGGCUUGGACUUCGGAUGAUUGUGCUGCGUUUGUACAUUUACAAUCUUUUAAGUUGAUAUGAAAAAUUAUUUUUCUUUGCUU